GUCGAGCACAGCGUCAGCUGCCGCAGCAGGAACGCACGUGCUUCUCCGCGCAUUUCAAGAUCAAGAUGGCAGCCUCCGUAUGUCGGUGCUACGAGCUGAUUGGCAGAAAUGCCUUGGCUCUCAGCUCCCGGACUCUGGUCUCCUCAGUGUGGAGGGGAGAUCAUUACAGGUUGCAGAGGAGCCCAGGUGCAGCUGUGCAGGUGCGAUAUGCCUCAGGACGGAAAGGUUUUCUGGGAGAGUUUGUUGAUAACCUUCGUCAGGAGUUCAGUAAGAAUCAGGAGAUGAAGGAAAACAUAAAGAAGUUCAGAGAAGAGGCCAAAAGGCUCGAGGAGUCCGACGCCCUUCAGCAGGCCCGCAGAAAAUAUAAAUCGAUAGAGGCAGAGACAGUGAAGACAUCAGAGGUGUUUAAGAAGACCUUGGGCUCUCUAUCAGAGACCGUUAAGGAGAGUCUCGAGGAAGUGAGUCGUAGUGACAUCGGGAAGAAGAUCAAGGAAGGUGUGGAGGAGGCCACCAAGACAGCCAGAGGCUCUGCAGAGUCUUUAUCCAAGGGAGGAGAAAAACUGGGCCGGACCAACGCGUUCAAGGCCAUCUCACAGGGUGUAGAAUCCAUGAAGAAGGAGAUAGAUGUCGGUGACGCCGGCCCUUACAGGGCUCCUUCUCAGCUGAGGAAGAGGAGCGAUUUCUCAUCUAAAAGUGCAGAUGACGACACCAGAGUGUUCGAGGCCAACGAAGAGGCCAUGGGUGUCGUUCUUCACAAGGAUUCAAAGUGGUCCCAGCAGUGGAAGGACUUCAAGGACAACAACGUAGUUUUUAACAGAAUCUUCGAGAUGAAGAUGAAAUAUGAUGAAAGUGACAAUGCCCUCAUCAGAGCAUCCAGAGCUCUAACUGACAGAGUCACUGACUUCCUAGGUGGUCUCUUCUCUAAGACGGAAAUGUCCGAGGUGCUGACAGAGAUCCUGAAGGCAGACCCCAGCUUUGACAAAGAUUCUUUCCUCAAACAGUGUGAGAAAGACAUCAUCCCCAACAUACUGGAGGCGAUCAUCCGUGGCGAGCUGGAGGUAUUAAAGGACUGGUGCUAUGAAGCUACCUACAGUCAGCUUGCCCACCCCAUCCAGCAGGCCCGAGCUCUGGGGCUUCUCUUCCAGUCUAAAGUACUCGACAUCGAUAACUUAGAUCUGGCGAUGGGUAAGAUGAUGGAUCAGGGCCCUGUGCUGAUCAUCACCUUCCAGGCUCAGGUUGUCAUGGUGAUUCGCAGCCCCAAAGGAGAUAUUGUGGAAGGAGAUCCGGAGAAGGUGAUGAGGAUGAUGUAUGUGUGGGCGUUGUGUCGGGACCAAGAGGAGCUGAACCCCAGUGCUGCCUGGAGGCUCCUGGACAUCUCUGCCUCCAGCACAGAGCAGGUCCUCUAAGAGGAGGAGCAGGAGCACAGUGGCUCAUCUGGGGGACACAAACUGAGAUACAAACACAUACCUGGAAUAGCUGCACAUCCUUUAUACAUUAAGUUGAACAAAGAGAGAAGAGGGAAACCCUGCUGCUGUGUGAGAGAGUACCAUUUCCCCAUUUGUACCCAGAGGAUUUAUGUGCAAGCGUGCAUAUUUGACCACCCUCUGACAAUUAGCUUUGGAGAUAGUUUAUGACACAUUCAGUUAAGUUUGUCUGUGCAGUCUUCUGUACUGGUACGCUCAGUGUUUUGGAUUGCCUGGAGUAUAUAUAUAUAUACUGCAUAACUAAUUAAUUUCAGCGUGGAUGGACUUGCAUCUUCACCAGGAGCCUGCAUUGUUUCAUCUAAGCUGCAUAGCUCAUCAAUACUGGACGGCUGGUGGGCAGAUUGUAAAUAAUCCUGUUAUGACAGUGGAGGAAAAUGGACAUGCAGUCUGUGAUAUCUGUUGGUCUUUAGGGGGAUGUUUUAUACCUAAAUUACAUUAAUCCUGGUUAAAUAAUGGAGCUGGAAGAUGAAAUUGUUGACUGUGGUGGGGACCUUUGAAUCAUCUGUGCACAGGAGACACUUUAAUAGAGCAGCUUCAGUUUUACUUUUGUGCCCUCGGUGAAUGGAUUUGGGCACAAUGUUGAGACUAGUGCAUUAUGGGUACUGUAGUGCAUGUUAAAAGCAUAAAAAUAUGCUUCAGUUUUUGCAGCAGAUGAACCACAGCUGCCUCCUGUGUAGCAUCAACAGCAUUGAACAAGCAGCGACCAACUGAGCUGAGUUUGACAGAGAGAGUAUUUUUUUCUCAGUCAAAGCAAACCAGCCUUUAAAGAAUGGGGUUUUUUUUUAGGGCCUAAUAUUAAAAUAUGAAUUUUCAAAGUCACCGUGAAAGAACGGAUGAGAGCUGCAAGGGCUUUAAUGUUCUUCAGUGUCAGUGUUUGAAGGGCUACUGACGACCAGAAAAUUUAAACUAAAUUUUCAGAUCCUUCAGCGCUCACUUUGUUGGUUUCUGCUUUGCUCCUGCUGGUUUUUACAUAAGAGUAAUGGUGAAAUGAAAAAGUAAAACAAGGAUAAAAACAUACGACGUCCACCCUGUCAUGCCGAGACAAGACUACAGUUUACUGGGACUUGAAAUCAAAUUGAGAAAUCGAGGAGAUAAAGCUCCCAGUGGGACUCGUAUCUACUUAUUAGUGUAAGCUUAUAUUCAACGUCAUCAUGCUUGUGAGCCGAAAUGGGACCACCUUACUUUUUCCAGUCAUUGAGGCAGCUUUGAUGUUUGAGGAAUCGUUGCACAUUUUUCAGCUGAGCUGUUUGGUUUACAUUUACGUGGCUUUGCGAGACAUAAAUGAUGACGAUGAUUGACACGUAUAGAUAUCGUUGUUCAUGUAAGUAAAGAUUACACACAUUCUGAUCGUACUGUAACGUUACAGCUUCAUUCAGUUCAUAAUGAAUGUCUUUAAGCUUCAUGUUGUACCGCCUCUGUAAAGACGCUCCGAGUUUGUGGAUGUGUGUGUUCUUUAAGCACAGCACUUUCCAUUAAAGGUCAAACCGCACGAGGCGGUUUAUUGCAAUGUCCGAAAGUCAUGGAUGUGUCUGAUGGCCACACCGUGCUCGCCUUCUGCUUCUCAUGAGUCUUGGUUGUGUAAUCCAUCACAUGGUUGCGAAGAAACAUGUGACAGUUGUGUUGGAGUCAUUCCUGGUGAUUAAAACAACACACUCGCCAUAAAACAUGCACUUUUAUUUAUGAGGACGACGGGUGAGAGGACUCGUAUUUAAACGUUAUUUUUUUAUUGAGUAUGCGUCUUUCUUUCUGAACUGAAGCCAUGCUGUUUUGGACUCUGCUGCCACCACCAGUCAAAAUGUGAUUACAACAAGACACAACUGUUUCUCAUGAUCCCACAUUAAAUGCCAAAAUGUCCCAGGGGAGAAGUUUCUGUGAUUUGGAGAAACUUAUUUUUUUGCCUGACAGAUAGUGAUGUUUGCAUCUUGAGUUUGUUCUAUGCAAACCUUUAACGGCAGUAAUGAUCACUCAAGGUUUGAGGCGCCACAGGCAGGACCUCAGUUUCAGUCAUGUUGUGUUGCUGUAAAAACUGUCCUUGUACAUACUGUUUUUAUUGGAUCAGAAUAAAGAGAAAUUCUAAUAGUUCAA